CAGUUGCUCACGAGCGGAGUCAAGUUCGUGCGCGGGCGCUGGCCCUGCGUGGCGAUGGCGGAGAGAGGGCGUGAGGCGCAGAGUCAGAAUAUCCCGUGCGUGCUCGGGCAGAAUCUGCACAGCGCUCUGCCGAUGUGUCUGCGACGAGGGACGGCUUGCUACGCGAGCGUGUGUUAGAGCCGAUUGUGCGAUUUCGCCAUCGCUGAGUUUUUCCUCUGAGCGCGGUGCGGUGAGGUGAGAUUGUUGCGAUGAGGCGAGGAGUGUAGACUCUGGGAGGCGGGGCGGGCGCGAUGGACGACUACGACGGCGAUGAGGUGGAGGUGGAGGUGGAGGCCAGCGGAUCGGGAGAUACUGUCGAGUCUCCUGUGGCUGUCGUCGAUGGACCUCACAUGAAUGUUUUCUGGAGUACUGGAAUGCUGGCGCACAAUGCCGGCGAUGGGAUGUUCGACACUCUUCACGAUCCUGGGUUUUUGGCAGUGCUUGAUUCUCACCCGGAAAGUCCCGAGAGGAUCAUCAACAUUUUAUCCAUUCUGAAGAAAGGUCCGAUCGCACCUUAUAUAAGCUGGCACGAUGGCGAGGCAGCUGAGCUUGAGGAAUUGACGACAUUUCAUUCUCCAGCGUACGUUAGAGAUCUCUUGGACGCACACAAAGCCGGGGGAAAAACUCUAUGUGGAGGAACUCGGAUUAAUCAUGGCUCCUGGAAAGCUGUGUUACUUGCUGCUGGCACUACUAGGAGGGCAAUGCGAUACAUUUUGGAGGGUUUAGGGAAACUGGCAUAUGCUCUCGUUCGACCUCCAGGUCAUCAUGCUCAACCUACUCGAGCAGAUGGUUACUGCUUCCUGAACAAUGCGGCUCUCGCAGUCCAGCUGGCCAUUGAUAUGGAUGUUAAGAAAGUUGCGGUUGUUGACAUUGAUGUCCACUAUGGUAAUGGUACUGCUGAGGGGUUUUACUCGCGUAAGGACGUAUUUACCAUUUCUCUUCACAUGAAUCAUGGGUCGUGGGGUGACUCACACCCGCAGACAGGCCAGCCCGACGAGGUCGGUGUAGGUGCGGGAAUAGGUUAUAACUUCAACAUACCGCUUCCAAAUGGAACGGGAGAUAAAGGGUAUGAAUAUGCAUUCAAGGAGUUGGUGGUUCCGGCUCUCGCAAACUACAAGCCUGCCAUGCUUGUUGUGACUUUUGGUCAAGAUGCUAGCGCGUUUGAUCCAAAUGGGAGGCAGUGUCUGACAAUGGACGGAUUCCGAACGCUCGGUAGGCUUUUGAAGGAACAAGCCGAUAUCCACACGGAUGGGAAGCUUCUCCUUGUGCAAGAAGGAGGAUAUCACGUCACUUAUUCCGCUUAUUGUGUACAUGGUUUGAUCGAAGGAGUUUUGCAGCUACCUGAAGAACUUCUGUCUGAUCCCAUGGGCUAUUACAUAGAAGAAGAAGCUCCAACAAUUGACAGAGUGGAAGAAAUUAAGGAAAUAUUUUCUGAGGCCAUCGCUGCCGCCAAAAGCGAAUUGAAGAAGUCUGAGACUUCAUAGUUGACGAGACGAACCAGUUUUGUGAUGCAAGGGUGUCCCAGAGUUUACUAAGGAUGUGGAUCCCUCAGUUGGUGGUCUCAUGAAGAUUUCAUUCGUUCCAUAUUAUUCUCCGACAAACUGAUAUUUGAAAAACAGAGGCGAUAAUGUGGCCACUUUGCGAUCACUUGGUGGUGGAGUUGAAGACCAUUCAAGAGUGGGUCAGCAGCCACUUGCACCUAUGACUGAUACAUAUUUGACUGACCUGCUCCUUCAAAGUGAAAAGUAUUCUGGGUUCAACUCUCAAGCAGGUUGAUGUCGGCCAAUGACCUCUUCAAACGCAUAGGCUGAAAUUGUAGUACUCGAAUACGGUAUAUAGUUACACCUAGACAGGGAAUCGGUCAUAUAUGCCCUUCUUUUUCUGAUUGUUCUCUAUACAACAGAAAUGAUGAUUUGUGAUCUGAUGAACGAUGCAACUUUUUUGUACAGAAAGAAACGGCCGUAACGAUUUUUUGACAUGUG